AUGGAAAGGGUGCGAACGAAAAGGACUGCUCGCAGAGCACAAAAUACCCGAAUUGUCAGAGAGGCCACCGCAAUUCUCAACGCUGCGGAUGUAAUUCAAAUCGAGGCCAUAGCAAGAGAGCUUGAGGUAAAUUAUGAAGAACUCAAGAAGCUGAACACCGAACUCGAGCCCUUCAUUGCCGAUGGAGAUCUUGAGAACGAAUACCAGUCGGUAAUUGAGUACGAGGAAGAAACGACCCACACCUUGAGCAUGCUUCAAAGUCGAGCAGUGCAACUACGUUCUGGUGAACCAGCGCGACCAUCAACAUCGGCAAUUGCCUCACAAAGCGAAGAACGAAGACGGAGCGGUAUUAAACUACCGAAGUUGCAGCUGCAAUCCUUUAAGGGCGAGCUUGCUGAGUGGCAGCCAUUUUGGCAACAAUUCAAGCGUGCCAUUCACGAAAACGGAGAGCUGUCAAGCGGCGAGAAGUUUCAAUACUUAAGGACGCUGGUUAGUGGACCCGCCAAGGCAUCUAUCGAUGGUCUCCAAGUGACGGAUGCGUGCUACAACGACGCAAUUGAAAUCUUAACUAGACAGUUUGGAGACUACAGGCGAAUCCAGCAAGACCACCUUACAAAGCUUCGAACGCUUCCGAGUGUCACCUACUCAAAGGACACCAAGGGUUUGAGGAGACUUUACGAUCAGGUGCAAACCCACAUCCGCGGUCUUCAUGGACUUGGUGUCAGCUCAGACAGCUACUCGACCAUGCUGAUGGACAUUGUUAUCAAGGCUCUUCCAUCUGAAAUAGUGGUGGAUUUCUACCGACGUGCUGGCCAUUCUGAAAGGAAGACCGUCCAUCCGUAUGAGGGAGACGUGGCUGCACAUCCAUCUCCACCCACAUUACAAGCAGAAGAGCUGGGGUCAAUCUCACGUACUUCCAGAACUGCUGAGCUGUCCGCCAGACCAACACCUCGAACUGAGGACGUUCAACUGAACAGCAGAAGGGCGGAGGGAGAUUUGCAGCAGUUGCUCGAAUAUCUGCUAAUCGAGAUCGAGAGUAGAGAAAGAUCUGGUGUCAGAGAUGAUCGUCCACUAAGAAAAAAUCGAGAGCAACUACAUCAACGAGCUCAUCUUCCGACUUCUGCGGUUCUUCAUGCCAAAGCUCAAGAUAACAAGAAGGAGUGCAUUUUUUGCAAAACUACAGGACACAGCACGGAAAACUGCACCAGUAACAUCUCUCUAAUGGAGAAGAAGAAGAAACUCUCAGGAGAGAUGCGGUGUUUCCGGUGCACCCUAAGAGGGCAUAGGUCAAAGGACUGCCACAGGAAAUUGUCUUGCACUUCCUGUGCGGGCCGACACGCAACAUCCAUGUGCGAUCCGACCUGGAAGCCUUCAGCGAACACGAGUGCAACACAAACCAUGACGACUAGCGUUCAAAGCGCUGGCACUGCUAGCACUGAGAUUUCGAUAGACGACGACGUUCUACUUCAGACCUUUCGAACCUGGGUGGUCGAGGAUGGGAAUACUGUCUACGCACGUGCCAUCUUAGACGGUGGAAGUCAGCGAACGUUUAUACGAGAAGACGUUUCUCGCAAGUUGAAUCUUAAGGUGCUAGGAGAGACCAGACUACGCUUGAACACCUUUGGAAGUUCCACUUCACUGCCGCAAAAACGAAGGCUGGUUCAAGUGAAGCUGCGUAGUCAGUACAACAACGAAGAAUGCAGCGUUGAAGCGGUAGAAAUCCCAUUUAUAUGCGAGGACAUUGUUCAGAUACCUGUAAACCAUGAGUUUGUCCGCAGCAUUGAAGAAGACGGAGGCUGCAUCGCUGACAAACUUCUCUUUCCCGGCGUUCCUACUGAACCAGGCAUCAGCCUGCUCAUUGGGUCGGACCAAAUCUGGAAAGUCGCCAGUGAGCGGGCGCAACGUUGUGAAAGCAACAGCAGCCUGAUGGCUUUACACACUAAAUUUGGGUGGACAUUUCAAGGACCCGUAACGCUGCAGUGCUCGCUUACUGGUCGCGCCAACACGAUGGUGUGUAUACUAAAGAUCGGAACCAUCGAAGUCGUAGAUGAUGCGACCUUACGCAGCUUUUGGGAUAUCGAAAGCAUAGGAAUAACAGACAACGCGUGUAGCUCAGGUGAAGAACAAAACGAGGUGUGGAACGACUUCAAACGAACUAUUGCAAAAGUGAAUGGACGGUAUGAGGUGUGCUUGCCAUGGAAACCUAACGCAGGGGAGCUAAACGAUAACCGAGCUACAGCUAUGAAACGACUCAAGGGAUUGCAGAAGAGGCUAUCACGCAACGAGUCCCUUUCCAAAGAAUAUAGCAACGCUAUGCUUAACUACCUUAAUGAUGGACAUGCGGAGAAGCGAUUGUGGGAACGCGGACUUAACUGGGACGAAGAGCUUCCCGAAGACCUCUCAGGAGACUGGCAACAAUGGUGCAAAGAGGUUUCACAGAUAGAAGAUAUUGCGACCAACCGGUGUGUCAUGAGCGCACAAGAAGAGCACAAGACGUCUCUACAACUGCAUGUCUUCUGUGAUGCCAGUCCCCUCGCUUAUGGAACAUGUGCCUACCUGAGGGUGAAAGAAAUGAAUGGGAAGACAGAUGUCAGUCUGGUAUUCUCUAAGACUAGGGUAGCGCCUAUAAAACGCUUGACACUUCCGCGCCUGGAGCUUAUGGCGGCAGUGAUUGGGAACCGAAUAGGCAACUACCUGAAGAAGAUGAUGGACCUCCAGGAAAUAUUCUUCUGGACAGACAGUACUAUUGCUCUUCACUGGAUCAAGGGUUCAGCAGUGAAAUGGAAACCUUUCGUGGCUAAUAGGACAAAUUACGAACGAGUCAACUCUGGUGGAACGGCCCUAGGUGGCUCUCUGAAGAUAGAGACACCUGGCCAGGUGUCAUUACAAGCGAAAGUAUUCCGACGGAAGUAG